AUAAUGUAUUUGUUCAAAUGUGAACUUUGUAAUUUUGAAACAAGGCUUAUAAAGCCAUAUGUUGCCCACUGGAGACUACAUCGAAAUGUUCACGGUAUAACAUUCCCUUGUGGUGCCCAAUCUUGUAAUCUCCGCUUCAAAAACUACAAUUCAUUCAAAUAUCAUGUUUUUCGUGAUCAUAAAUUAACUAAAAACACGCCUAAACUUGAAAGCGCAAUUUUCAAUUGCAGUGAAUGUGACACAAGUGUCAUAACUAGUUUGCCACAAUUAAUUUCACAUAUCAAAUUUCAUAUUGAUAAUGGAAUCAAAAUGCAAUGUCCUUUUUAUAAUUGUAGUCAUAGCUAUGAUAAAAAAUCGUCUUUUAGCAGCCAUAUUAGUCGCUGCCAUCAUGAUUUAAUAAGUGUUAAUGAAUCAAACAAUUUAAAACCCAUUUAUUCAUCAAAUGAACUACACAUUCAAGAAGAGCCUAACAUCAAUUCCCUGGUACCAUUUCCUAGCGUAGAAAAAGAAACGUUCUCAUCUGAAAGCAUUUUGAAUGAUCCCACAUUAAACCAGAAUUAUCUAACUAACUUAGGUUUAUUUUAUCUAAAACUAGAAGCAAAGAACCUUUUACCUUCCAGUACUAUUCAAACUAUAUGUAAUGAGUUACUAAAUUUGAGCACUGUAAACAGUGAAAUCAUCUGUGAAAAGGUUAAAGUAAAACUUUCAAAAUUUUUAGUUUCUGCUGAAGAUUCUGGGAAAAUUAUAUCAGAGAUUAAAACUAAUGAUUUAUUUAGUAAGUAUAAUUCAGAAUUUUUUAAAACUGAUUACAAAAGAAAAUGCUUUUACAAGCAAAAUUUUAACAGUUACGUUGAGCCUGUUGACAUAUACCUAGGAAGAAAUGCCAAAAAACAACCCUCAUUUUGUCAAUAUAUACCACUAUUGGCAACAUUACAAAAUCUGAUGACUAAUAAAACAGUUACAAGUUUGAGUAAUGAUUAUGUGCAUUCAAAAAUAAAUGAUGGCACAUUACGUGACAUUUGGGAUGGAGAAGUUUUCAAGAAUAACGAGUUGCUUAGCCAAUAUCCAGAUUCUUUGCCAGUAAUACUGUAUCAAGAUGCAUUUGAAAUAGUAAAUCCUCUUGGAUCAGCAAAAAAAAUUCACAAAUUGAUUGCUGUUUAUUUUUCACUAGCAAAUUUACCGCCUUUUUACAGAUGCAAUAGUGAAAACAUUCAACUGCUUCUUUUAUGUAAAAAUUCAGAUUUUACAUACUUUGGACAAGCCAAAAUAUUUUCACCUUUAAUUAAUGAUCUGAAAACUCUUGAAACUCAAGGGAUAGUUGUUAAUGGCAAAACUGUUAAAGGUACUGUUUGUUGCGUUGUUGGCGAUAAUUUAGGCUCACAUUGUAUUGGUGGAUUUGUGGAAUGUUUUAAUGCUGAUUAUUUAUGUCGUUACUGUAUAAUAAGGAAACAUGAAUUUAUCAACAAGCCACAUUCUGUUGGUGAAAUAAGAACGAAGGAAAUUUGGCUUAUUUUCAUGUUUGUCUGCCUGGAUUGCCACCUUGUCUUGGACAUGACCUUUUUGAAGGAAUAA